UUGCCUGCUUGAUGUAUACUACAAUGUGCAAAGCACUUCAGGGUGCUUCUCUGUUCUCAUUUAUUAGCUACUUCAUUCUAGAAGGGCUUAGACAUGCUAAGAAUAAAUGUGGAAAGCAGUGUAUUCAAGUCUCCAGAGGGUGCUGAAGGCAAGGAUGCAGCAAAAGUAACUAAACAAGAGCCCACAAGACGGUCAGCAAGAUUGUCAGCUAAACCUGCUCCACCAAAACCUGAACCCAAACCAAGGAAAACCACGAAGAAGGAACCUGGAACAAAGGCCAACAAAGGUGCUAAAGGGAAGAAGGAUGAAAAGCAAGAAGCUGCAAAGGAAGGUACUACACCAUCUGAAAAUGGUGAAAAUAAAGCUGAAGAGAUUCGCAUCUCUCGCUCAACUGUUAGUGUUUCAACAUCCAGAGGUGCCCCACCCAGCACACUGUCAGUAAAAGGGCAGAUUGAAACAGUGAAAGUUAAGGGCUCAGAAAACUGAAUCUGUAGGUGACAAGAAUGAAUGAAAUAUCAUGAAAAUUUUGGGUUGAUUUUAUGUACCUCUUGGACAACUUUUAAAAGAUAUUUUUAUCAAGUAUUUUGUAAAUGCUAAUUUUUUUAGGACUAUGAUAGUUGACAUAUUAAACUGUAUAUGAACAUUUCCCUUCUCAUAACAGUGCUUUUAGAAAUUCCCAUUGUUGCCAAGUAAUAUAAAUAUCAACUUAAUAUUGCAAGGUAUGUGUAAAAUUGGAUCAGCAUUCCAUACACUUGCUUUAAGAAAUUAAGUCUUGUGCAUAUGGUGAUGUUUUUACUGUGCGUAUUUGAAUUUUUCAUGCAGUUUUUCUAGAGCAAUAAUCAGUGGUGCUUUUGUACUUAGGGUUUAUGUGAUUUUAAUGAAACAUGGAUAGAUGUGGCCACCUGCUGACUAUUUUGGGUUCUUUUAACGGAUUAAAAUAAAAGGUCUCCUUGCCUGCAAAACUACAGCCUCCUAAUGUUUUCUCUAAAUCUGAGGAAUGCCUUACUCAUAUUUUCAGCUGUUACAAGGAAGACUAAAUGAUUUAACAGCAAUUGUUUUGCAUGCAGUCUGUUUGCUUUUUUGCUGAUGUCUGAUUAAAAAAUACCCACACAGGAGUAGCAGGCUGGGAUUUUCAGUGGCCCACAAUUUAAGGGACUUAUAGAUACAUUCUUCAGAUACACUGUCACAGGGUGAGUAGAGUUGCCAUACUCUAUCAGGAUAUUGUGUCUGUAAUGAGCUAUCAAUACAGAAUGAAUUGCUUGAUUGAUAGAGACGUACAGUAACUUAAGAGUAGCUUUGUUUCUGCCCCGCUCUCUUUCCAUUAACUUGCAUCGUGCUCUGUGGAAACCUUUCUUUCUAUCUGUGGCCUCAAAUUUAAUAUAAAUAGUAAUUGCUGUUCUGCUUCAGCUGAGGACAGUUGUUAAUACAUUGAAAUUGCUGUUAAACAGCGCUAUAUAUUUGGUACCUGGUAGAAAUGGAACAAUGAAAGUUAUUUUUGAGGUGAUUGUGGUGAUAUGGUAGAUUAGCUAAUGAUUUUUUAGUGUCCGUGUUUCAACUCUGCAGCUCAUUCUAAGCGCCUUUUAUAAUUUUUCUCCUUCUCUUUUCUCUAGGGGCCCUGGUAUUGCUAUUGUUACUUCUGGGAUGGGAGGGGUGAGAGAAAAGAUGUUCCCUGUUCUUCAGUAACAUUGAUUUGUAUUGCUCAAGUGGUGGCCAUUAUGUCCGAGGAUACCUUUUGCUUAAGUCAAUAAAUAAAUGACUGUUGCCUGA